AUGCCCGAAAAAGGCACGUCGAAGAGAGGGAAGAACAAGACUUCCUCCUCCGGAGUUAAGGCCGAUGCGCCCCUUUCCGCGCAGAAAUCAAAGGGGCGUUCAAGUCCUCGGCGUACCAAAUCACAGAAGGCGCUUAUCGUCUCUCUUGUGGAGGAGGAGGUUGCGCCUACCGUCGUGCAACCCGAAGAUGGGGCCCCUAGCGUUGACAUUCCCUACAAUGCGGUGUUGGAUAUCGACGAUGUCCCUCUUGUGCAAAAAUUGAAGAGGAAGAACGCUGAGGAAGAUGCACAGGCGCAGAGUAAGAAGCAGCGCACAAGCGCAGAGGAGCGUGUUCCCGAGUUUGUUGAGAAGUGGCUCCAACCACCAAGGCAUAGGGUCAACAUUGCUUGCUCUGAUAGAUCUGCUUUGGAGAGAGGCUCAGCGCUCGGCUUUGCCUUUCACGCGGCCGAGGUGCUGAGGGCGCCUAGUGAGGUUCAGGGCGCAAACUUGUGGUGA